GGCGCAUCCAUCAGUCGCGGCCCUGGGCUGACGCAGCCCGAGCCCCUGGGCCGGCGCUCCUGCUCCCACGCCUGACCGCGGCCCGCCGGCCGCAGCGCCCUCGCGCGCGCCAUGUCGCAGAGCGGGACCCCCGGACUGCAGGAGGAGAACCUGCAGGGCUCCUGGGUAGAAUUGCACUUCAGCAAUAAUGGGAACGGGAGCAGCGUUCCAGCCUCAGUUUCUAUUUAUAAUGGUGAAAUGGAAAAAAUACUGCUGGAUGCCCAGCAUGAGUCUGGACGGAGUAGCUCCAAGAGUUCUCACUGUGACAGCCCGCCUCGCUCACAGACCCCACAAGAUACUAACAGAGCUUUUGAAACAGACACCCAUAGCAUUGGAGAGAAAAAUAGCUCUCAGUCUGAGGAAGAUUAUAUUGAGAGAAGGAAAGAAGUUGAAAGCAUCUUGAAGAAAAAUUCAGACUGGAUAUGGGAUUGGUCAAGUCGGCCAGAAAAUGUCCCCCCCAAGGAGUUCCUCUUCAGACACCCGAAGCGCACGGCCACACUCAGCAUGAGAAACACGAGUGUUAUGAAGAAAGGGGGCAUUUUCUCAGCAGAGUUUCUGAAAGUUUUUCUUCCGUCUCUGCUGCUGUCUCAUCUGCUGGCCAUCGGAUUGGGGAUCUACAUUGGAAGGCGUCUGACGACCUCCACCAGCACCUUCUGAUGAAGCACUGAACGCGGCUUUUUCCACAUAGCAGGAAGUGUAUCGGAGCUCGCAGCAUAGCUAACUGAAGAGCGAUCUCAGGCCUUGAGUGGCUGCACCAUUUGUGUGUUUUUGUUCUGUAAAUGCUGCGUUCCUAAUUUAGUAAAAUGAAAGAAUAGACACUAAAACCAUGCUAAUCUAUAGUCAUACCUAUGGGAUCAAUUAAUAAGCAUGUCAUUAAUUCCUACUGUAAUAAUUUGGUAGUAAAUUUUCUUUGGAUAUUUUCCGUAUCUAAGUAUAAAUAACUUUAACAUACUAGUUGUGAUGUAUGUAGUGUUUUAACAAAAAUUAUCUGCAACCUUAGUUAGAACACUUUAUAUUUUGGAAGAAUGAACAAUGUUGAUAUUAAAAUGACUACAUAAGGGAUUUAUCCCAAAUAAAUAUUGUGGCCUUAUACUCACACUACUGUAGGAAAGACUGUGUUCGAGGGGUGCAGGCUGUCUAGCACAGAAUGCUCAGCUCUGCUUGCUGUUGGCUGUGCAGAGAAGCCAAGGCGCACGGACUCCCUGUCGUCGGACACUGGACUGCUUGCUUCACAGGGUGAUGACUUCAGUCUCCAGCUGUCAGUAACCACCCCACGUGGUCAGUAGCCACGGUUACUCUAUCACUCUACGUUGCUGAAUUUAGUCUCAUCCUUUGUGUUCAGUAUUUGCGUGCUCUUAGCAUCGGCUUCAUUCUAGCAAAUCUGUCUACAAAAGACUGGAAAUAGAAAAAAAUAAACCUUUGCCAAACCCUUCUGA